AUGCAUUUGGUUAAUUUUUGCGUUGUCUGGGGCGAGAGAGGGGCAAGUUGGGGGUGGUGGAAGAGCAGGGAAGCAAAAGCAAUGGAGUUACACCACUCCCUUUUCUCUGCUCAGUCCUCGCCGUAUGUGCAGGGAAUGAGCUUAAUUUUGCGUGAUGGAAAAGAAAUACUACUUCAGGCGUUUAAUUGGGAGUCUCACAAAUACAACUGGUGGAAUAAUUUAGAAACCAAAGUUCCUGACAUUGCUAAAUCCGGAUUUACAUCAGUGUGGUUGCCACCACCAACUCACUCAUUUUCACCUGAAGGUUACACCCCGCAGAACCUUUACUCUCUUAACAGCAAUUAUGGUUCUGAGCGUCAGCUAAAAGCUUUACUUCAAAAGAUGAAGCAGCAUAAAGUCAGAGCAAUGGCCGACAUAGUUAUCAAUCAUCGUACUGGGACCACUCAAGGACGUGGAGGAAUGUAUAAUCGUUUUGAUGGAAUUCCAUUAGCCUGGGAUGAACGUGCAGUGACAGCAUGUACUGGGGGACUGGGUAAUAAAAGCACAGGUGCUGUUUUUCAUGGGUUUCCAAACAUUGACCACACUCAAGACUUUGUAAGAAAGGAUAUCAUAGGCUGGCUCCGUUGGCUGCGUCAUGAAGUAGGCUUUCAAGAUUUUCGAUUUGAUUUUGCAAAAGGGUUUGCAGCAAAAUAUGUGAAAGAAUAUAUUGAAGGUGCAAAGCCAUUGUUCUCUGUCGGAGAGUAUUGGGAUACUUGCAACUAUAAGGGUUCUAGUUUGGACUAUAACCAAGAUAGUCAUAGGCAACGAAUAAUCAAUUGGAUAGAUGGCACUGGACAACUUUCAACCGCAUUUGACUUUACAACAAAAGGAAUUCUUCAGGAAGCUGUCAAGGGAGAAUUUUGGCGCCUGCGUGAUGCUCAAGGAAAGCCUCCAGGUGUGAUCGGGUGGUGGCCAUCAAGAUCUGUCACAUUCAUAGACAAUCAUGAUACAGGCUCAACUCAGGCUCAUUGGCCAUUCCCGAAAGACCAUAUUAUGGAGGGGUAUGCAUAUAUCUUAACUCAUCCUGGAAUACCAACAGUUUUCUAUGAUCACUUCUAUGACUGGGGAAAUUCAAUUCGGGAUCAGAUUGUGAAGUUGAUUGAUGUUCGCAAGCGUCAUAAUAUUCAAAGUAGAACACCUAUGAGGAUUGUGGAGGCCAAACACGACCUUUACUCUGCAAUAAUUGGAGAGAAAGUGUGCAUGAAGAUUGGGAGUGGUUCAUGGUACCCCUCAGGAAGGGAAUGGACAUUGUCAACUUCUGGCCACAAUUACGCAGUGUGGCAUAAGCAGUGA